AUGGCGGAUUCAGAAGCUAAGCAGACAACAGAAACGGCGCAAGUGAAUGAGAAAAACCUCAAAUAUAUGGAGUUUGUUCAAGUGGCGGCGAUUUACGUCGUGGUGUGCUUCUCGAGCCUCUACGAGUAUGCAAAGGAAAACUCCGGACCACUUAAACCGGGGGUUCAGACCGUGGAAGGCACCGUCAAAACUGUAAUUGGACCGGUCUACGAGAAGUUCCACGACCUUCCCUUCCAGCUGCUCAAAUUUGUCGAUCGCAAGGUAGACGAGUCCUUGGGCGAGUUGGACCGUCACGUGCCCUGUCUUGUGAAGCAGGCGUCGAGCCAAGCCCUCUCUGUGGCUCAGAAGGCUCCGGAGGUGGCUCGAACCGUGGCUUCGGAAGUCCAGCGAGCUGGCUUGGUGGACACGGCUAGGAACCUCACGGUGAGCGUGUACUCUAAAUACGAGCCGGUGGCUGAGGAAGUCUUCUACAAGUACGAGCCGGUGGCUGAGCGGUACGCGGUGUCGGCUUGGCGCUCACUGAAUGGCCUCCCGCUGUUUCCCCAAGUGGCUCAGAUAAUGGUCCCUACCGUGGCUUACUGGUCGGCAAAGUACAAUCAGGCUGUUGGUUACACGGCCGACAGAGGCUACUUCGUGGCGGCUUAUCUGCCGUUGAUUCCGACGGAGAGGAUUGCCAAAGUGUUUGAUGACGCCGAGAAUGGCCCUGCCGUUUCGACUAGUGGUGGAGCUGUUGCCAUGGAGCAGUGA